AAAGAAAGUCAUGUGAUUCAAAUUAUCUAGGUAGACUACUGACUGAAGAAACAAAACAGCCUGGACCGCUCUCUAUCAAGCCGUGUUUGUCCAACAGCUCACACUGUCAACUUUACCAACUAUCAGCAUGGCCUGGUCCAAAUAUCAGCUUUUUCUAGCUGGUUUGAUGCUCACGACUGGCUCUAUAAACACGCUGUCGGCAAAAUGGGCAGACAUGUUCUCAGCAAAGGGCUGCAAAGACUCUGAUGAGCACACCUUCUCCCACCCCUUUGUCCAGGCAGUAGGUAUGUUCUUGGGAGAGCUCAGCUGUUUGGUGGUCUUCCACAUUCUGCUGUGUCAUGACCGCAGGGCGCCAGUACCGAGGAUGAACGCAGGCCAGAGCUUUAACGCCCUCCUCUUCCUCCCCCCGGCCCUGUGCGACAUGACUGCGACGUCCAUCAUGUAUGUUGCCCUCAACAUGACGAGCGCCUCCAGCUUCCAGAUGCUGCGUGGGGCCGUGAUCAUCUUCACAGGCCUGCUGUCCGUGGCUUUCCUGGGACGUCGCUUAGUGGUCAGCCAGUGGUUGGGCAUCCUGAUCACCAUCCUGGGACUGGUGGUGGUGGGCCUGGCCGACUUCUUCAGCGGCCACAGGGACGAAACCCACAAACUCAGCGACAUCCUCACAGGUGACCUUCUGAUCAUCAUGGCUCAGGUCAUUGCCGCAGUGCAAAUGGUCCUGGAGGAGAAGUUUGUCUAUAAGCACGACGUUCACCCUCUGCGGGCAGUGGGAACUGAAGGCUUCUUUGGGUUCAUCAUCCUCUCGCUGCUUCUCAUCCCUAUGUUUUUAAUCCCCGUGGGCGGCUUCAGCAGCAACCCUCGUCACGUUCUGGAGGACGCGCUGGACGCCUUCUGUCAGAUCGGCCACCAGCCCCUCAUCAUCCUGGCAUUGCUGGGCAACACCAUCAGCAUCGCCUUUUUCAACUUUGCAGGCAUCAGUGUCACCAAGGAGAUAAGCGCCACCACCCGGAUGGUGCUGGACAGCCUGCGCACUGUGGUGAUCUGGGCGGCCAGCCUGAUGCUGGGCUGGGAGAGCUUCCAUGGCCUGCAGGUGCUGGGCUUCAUCAUCCUGCUAGUGGGAGCAGCGCUGUACAAUGGCCUCCAUCGCCCCCUGGUGGCCAGGAUCCCCUGCUGUGCUGGGAUGAUGCUGGAGGAGGAGGGGGGGAACCCAGCAGAGAGGGAGAGGCUGCUGGCUGAUGGGAGGGUGCAGGCUGAUGAGCAGAGCUAACAGUGGAAUGGCUGACCAAAUCACUAUCCUUGGCCAUGCCUGUCACUACACCAAUCCUGAGUAGAUUGACUGUAUGCAUUUGUGGUAAAUCUCUGUAGGCCUGAGGUCACCUUGUUGAUGAAUGCAAUGUUAUUGUAUGGUCAGUAGGACCAUUUUGUCUAUACAGACAUUAUGAAUUCAGCCAAACAUUGAUUACUAGACAAUUGUACAGCUGUUAUACAUGUUAUUGGUUUACGGCAUUUUAAUUUGAUUUUAAUACUAAGAAUAGUCUAGAAGAAUAUAAAUAUUUAAUUAAGUUACAGGUUUUUCAAUGUUGUCUUCUUUCAGGGGGAAAAUUCAUUUAAAUUGAGUUUAUGGCCAGUUAAAUUGUGUGAACCUGACCUCUGACCUUCCUUAUCAAAUUACUGAAAUGUGUACUGUAGUACAUGGCUAGGUCACAAGUCAACUGCCACAACUGACCGUUUUGUGACAUUUUGUAAAUGUUUUAGCUCA